CCAAAAUUCAAAUCGUCGAGAUGUUUCGACUUAUACCCAUAAUCACAGUCACAAAUGUUUUGCCAAUCACAAAAAAAAUCUAACAAAAAAAUGGCGCCAAAUCUCGAUCUUCCCUCCAGCACUUAACACCUCUCUCUCGCUGUAGUCUCGGAGUUAAGCUCGUUCCUUCUCUCUCUGUAUCUCUCCGACAAUCAAACAAUGCAGCGUCAGAAAUCUAUUCUAUCCUUUCUUCAGAAACCCUCGCCGGAGAACCAAAAGUCCGGCGGAAACACGUUCAACGGUCCGCAACUCCAUCAGUUCCCGGCGAAGCAACAGAAUCAAAACGCCGCCGUCGCCAAUCGACCUAUCGUCUCAUCUGCGGUAGAUUCAUGUGCUGAAAUCAGAGGAACCGACACCCCUCCGGAGAAGGUGCCACGUCAGAUUUUCCCUCCAAGCCUUACGGCAAAUGACGACGGCGUAAACAAACCUUCGCUGUUCUCGAGUAUAAAGCAUAAGUUCCUGAAGGAUGAUGAUAGGGAAAAGUGUCGUGAUAGGAACAAGACAAAUGGUGGUUCCGUUAAUGUUUGCUCAGUUUCUAGUAAAUUUAUUAGUCAUGAAGGAUUACAUAAUGAAGGUGUCAUUUCUGAACAUCCUGGAAAGGAAAUUUUUUCCAAUUUCAACAGAACAGUUGAUCAGGGGAAUAAAGGGUGUCCCUUUCUUAUAGAAAUUGAUGAUGAUAUUCUUGGACCAGAAACACCGGGUGUGCGACCUCUUGUACCACGUUUGAAGCGUGUUCAAGAGGCUAAUUGCAAUUUUGAGCUUAAAAGUGAUUGUUCCUUGCUGGGUUCUAGCAAAAGGGUGAAACUUCUGCAGGAUUCAGAGGUGGGAAAGAAGAACCAUGAGGAGUUAUCUGGGACAACCAGUAAGUUUGAAUGGCUUGAUCCUUCUAGAAUCAGGGAUGCUAAUGGAAGAAGGCCCAAUGAUGCUCUUUAUGACAAGAGGACACUUUAUAUACCACCAGAUGCUUUGAGAAAAUUGUCAACAACUCAAAAGCAAUAUUGGAACGUUAAAUGUCAAUAUAUGGAUACUGUUAUCUUCUUCAAAGUGGGAAAAUUCUAUGAGCUCUAUGAACUAGAUGCUGAAAUUGGCCAUAAGGAGCUUGACUGGAAAAUGACAAUGAGUGGUGUGGGAAAAUGUCGUCAGGUUGGUAUCUCUGAGAGUGGGAUUGACGAGGCUAUUCAGAAGUUGAUUGCUCGCGGGUAUAAAGUUGGACGGAUGGAGCAAUUGGAGACAUCUGAACAAGCAAAAGCCAGAGGUUCUACUUCUGUUAUUCAAAGAAAAUUAGUUCAUGUACUCACACCAUCAACCACAAUCGAUGGUAACAUUGGACCUGAUGCUGUUCAUCUUCUUGCUAUAAAAGAGGGUGAUUGUGGGCUGGAGAAUGGUUCGACUGCUUACGGUUUUGCUUUUGUUGAUUGUGCUGCUUUAAAAUUUUGGGUCGGUUCCAUUAGUGAUGACGCUUCUUGUGCAGCUUUGGGUGCUUUGUUGAUGCAAGUUUCACCUAAGGAAGUUAUAUAUGAAUGUCGAGGGCUGUCUAAAGAAGCUCAGAAAGCGCUAAAAAAGUAUUCACUGACAGGUUCUACUGCAACACAAUUGACUCCAAUGCAACCUGCCACUGAUUUUGUGGAUGCUUCAGAAGUUAGAAAUCUGAUUCAGUCAAAGGGAUACUUCAAAAAAUCUUGUAGUGCGUGGAAUAAUGCACUUGAUGGUGUUAUGCACCAUGACCUUGCAUUAUGUGCUCUUGGUGGACUUAUUAGCCAUUUAUCCAGGUUAAUGUUAGAUGAUGCUUUACAUAAUGGAGAUAUUCUACUGUACCAAGUCUACAGGGGUUGUCUCAGAAUGGAUGGACAGACAUUUGUCAAUCUGGAGAUUUUCAGUAAUAAUGCUGAUGGUGGUCCAGCUGGUACAUUGUACAAAUUUCUAGAUAACUGUAUGACUUCUUCUGGAAAACGGCUUUUAAGGACCUGGAUCUGUCAUCCACUUAAAGAUGUCGAAGAAAUUAACCUUAGGCUUAAUGCUGUUGAGGAAUUAAUGACACAUUCAGAAACUAUGUUGCUUGUUGCUCAAUAUCUUCGCAAGCUUCCAGACUUAGAAAGGUUGCUUGGACGGGUUAAGGCUAGCAUUCAGUCAUCUGCUUCACUCUUACUGCCGUUGAUUGGCAAAAAAGUACUGAAACAGCGAGUGAAAGUAUUUGGAUCUCUUGUUAAAGGCAUGCGUGUUGGAAUUUAUUUGUUAAGUCUAUUACAGAAGGAAGGCCACGUGAUCUCAUCAUUAUUAAAAAUUUUAAACCUUCCAAUGCUCAGUGGUACUGAUGGGCUCAAUAAAUUCCUUGAGCAAUUAGAAGCAGCUGUAGAUAGUGACUUCCCCAGUUACCAGGACCAUGAUGUAAUGGACUCGGAUGCUGAAAUACUUGCAGUUCUAACUGAGUUGUUUAUUGAGAAGGCAGCUCAAUGGUCUCAAAUCAUUUAUGCCAUAAAUUGUAUUGAUGUACUAAGGUCAUUUGCAGUCACUGCAAAUUUUUCAUGUGGAGCCAUGUGCAGACCAGUUAUUUUGCCUCAUACAAAUUCCAUGACAUUUUGCCAAGAGACCAGUGGACCAAUACUUAAAAUCAAAGGGCUGUGGCAUCCAUUUGCCCUCGGAGAGAAUGGAGGUCUACCCGUUCCAAAUGACAUAUGCCUUGGAGAGGAUACAGAUGGCUAUCAUCCCCGCACUUUGCUUUUGACUGGACCAAAUAUGGGGGGAAAAUCAACCCUUCUACGUACCACUUGUCUAGCUGUUAUACUGGCACAGCUUGGCUGUUAUGUGCCCUGUGAGAUGUGUGUCCUCUCAGUUGUGGAUAUCAUUUUUACACGGCUUGGUGCAACUGAUCGAAUCAUGACAGGCGAGAGUACUUUCUUUAUUGAGUGUACAGAAACUGCAUCAGUUCUUCAAAAUGCCACUCAAGAUUCCCUGGUUCUUCUUGAUGAAUUGGGUCGAGGAACGAGCACUUUUGAUGGAUAUGCCAUUGCAUAUGCAGUAUUCCGUCAUCUUGUUGAAAAGGUCAAUUGCCGGUUAUUAUUUGCAACACAUUACCACCCUCUGACAAAGGAGUUUGCUUCUCACCCUCAUGUUACCCUGCAACACAUGGCCUGCACUUUCAAGUUGAAAUCUGAGAACUUACCUCAAGGUGACCAGGAGUUGGUUUUCCUGUAUCGGCUGACCUCUGGAGCAUGCCCAGAGAGUUACGGAAUGCAAGUGGCACUCAUGGCUGGGAUCCCAAAACAGGUGGUUGAAAUUGCAUCAAGGGCUAGCCAAGUGAUGAAAAGAUCGAUUGGAGAAAACUUCAGGUCAAGCGAACAGAGGUCUGAGUUCUCAACUCUUCAUGAAGAGUGGUUGAAGGGCCUAUUAAAUGUCGUAAAGCUAGGAGAAUGUAACUUGGAUGAUGAUGAUGCGUGUGAUACACUGUUUUGCUUGUGGCACGAGCUAAAAAGCUCUUAUCAAUAUGGUAAAUGAAAGUAGAGCUUGCCAUCAGAUUUCAUUGUAGAAUUAGGAUGGUUAGAAAAAGUUUGAGAUGAUUAUCAGUUUUCCUUUGGAAGAAAGUUCAAUGGCAGAUCCUGUAUUGUGUACAUCUCAUCAACAAUUACAUAUUUUGUCAACAAUGAUCUGGGAGGUUAAUGUUAUAUUUAAAACCAAGUGGAUGACCUGUUAUUUAGGCAAUUUACCGGAGAGGUAAGUGUAAAACACAAUGAAAAUUGUUGAUGGAAAUUGGGUUUUUUUUUUU